AUGGCCAAUUGCUCAACGUUGAAGCCUAGUGGCUCAGACUUCACUGUCGACUUCAACUUUCAGGACUCGGUGUGUAUCCCAAGGGCUACCACGGAAACGAUCCCGCUGAUGGUGAAGUCAGGCUUGGUGUCCAGCUUUGAAGAUCCAGAGAUCUCCAACCUCCUUUCGAGUGUGCCGAGGAUACAAGCCGACUAA